AUGUCGUUGGAGGAAUGUUUGGACUUUGGUACCAAAAUGGGCCUGGCUGAAUGUGGAUUUUACGCCUCCUCUGUUAACUUGAUUAUUGGCUGCUUACUCUGUUCUAAAAUACCCCCUUUCUGGAAUUUGAGAGGUAAAGCACUAAUAGGGGAUGAGAUGAAUAAACCACUUAAACGUUUGAUUGUACUGUUGAUAUACAAAUCUGAUUGGAGGAAACUGUUUAUCAGUUUAGCCAUUUUAACAAUAAUUGGUAUUGUUCUUCAAAUUAGUCUCCUUUCUUUUCCUCUUUCAACAUGGCUUCACUCUCCAUUAGUCAGAGUUUCAAAUGCUAAGAACUUCAGUAACUCUUUACAAUUACGUUUGAGACACGAAAAAUACUGGCCAUUGCACCAAAUCUCUGCACCUGUUCCCUUGAAUUCUUCAAGUGGACUAAUCAAGGGAGUAUACACAGUGGAGCGGAAGAGAAGAAGAAGGAGAAAGCACGAAGAUGAGUUGCAAAUUCUGGUUCCUCCUCCUACGCCUAAAACUCCACCAACAUCCUUGCAGAGAUAUGUGUGGUCCUUACCACCUAAUGAGGCACUUCGGUAUGCUAAAGUGGAAUUGAAGAAUGCACCAGUAAUUGCUAAUGAUUCUGAACUCUAUGCUCCUAUCUUUAAGAAUGUCUCCAUGUUCAAAAGGAGUUACGAAUUGAUGGAGCUCAUUCUUAAAGUUUAUGUUUAUCCCGAUGGACAGCCACCGAUAUUUCAUCAACCACAUCUUAGUGGAAUUUAUGCAUCGGAGGGAUGGUUUAUGAAGUUGUUAGAAGGGAACAGGCAGUUUGUUACGAGGGAUCCUGAAAAGGCUCAUUUGUUCUAUCUGCCAUACAGUGCUCGUCAGCUUCAGCAAGCGCUUUAUAUACAGGGUUCACACGAUUUGGCUCCUCUGUCUAUUUUCAUAAGAGACUAUGUGAACUCAUUGGCUGUUAAGUAUCCUUUCUGGAACCGCACUCAUGGAUACGAUCACUUUCUAGUGGCUUGUCAUGAUUGGGGCCCUUAUACAUUAAAGGCACACAAGGAGCUAGUGCAGAAUGCUAUAAAAGUGGUCUGCAAUGCUGAUUUAUCUGAAGGAAUUUUUAAAGCUGGAAAAGAUAUAUCCCUCGCGGAAACCACCAUAAGAAGACCCAGGAGGCCUCUUCGGAACAUUGGUGGUGGGAUGAGGGUUUCAAAACGCCCAAUCCUCGCUUUCUUUGCUGGAAACAUGCAUGGAAGAGUUCGCCCUUUGCUUCUCAAACAUUGGCACGACAAAGAUGAGUCUAUGCGCAUUUAUGGACCUUUGCCUCGUAGUGUGUCUAAGCAGAUGUCUCAACAGCCCGAGGAUUGUUGA